UCAAAACUAGGCUGUGUACCUUUCCAAAUUUUAGUUCCCUCCGCUGCUUCCUCUCUCGGGGUUAUCGGACGGACGGCAGUCGCGCCGUUGCGGGGCGCGAAGCGGCGCGUGCCGUUGAGAUCUCCCCGCUAGGACUGACGUGGCUGUUUCUCAGCCGUUCCUUUUCCUUCCCUCUCUGUUUCCAGCUCCCAAAACCAAAGCUCGUUGUUCCCACCAACCAUCGUUGUUCUUCUCUACUCUUCCUCGCUCCCCUCGCGCCAGCUCGUCGGUAGCGCUCGCCGAUACGCGUCUCGUAGCGGACCUCCUUAUAUUUUCGUAUCAGUUUUUUCGUACCGCGUUUCUUUUUUUCCUUUUCUUUCUUUUUUGGUUAUACUGUUCCAUAGUGGUGUCGUUCUAGGGUUUUAGAGUGGGCUCGGUGGUGGAGUUGGAGCUCGAGGGAAGAGGGGAGUUAGAGUUCUGGUGCGGAAGUUUGUGGUCCUAUCUCAUGGCGUCAGAGAUCGAGACGGAUAAGGGCUUUGUCAAGACAACAAAGGAAAUUAGCUGAUUUUUUUGUCAUGAUGGCAUUCUGAUGCAUUCUGUUAUGAUGUGAAUUUGAUGCAUAAAGAAAGUCUGUACCUUGGAUUUAUCCAAAAAGAUAUUUUAUGGAGGAUGCGAUGAAAAGUUUGAAAAUAGAUUCAUCUUCUAAAGCCAGCACCGGCAAUCUGUCUGGGCCAAAAGAUGGGAGCACAUCUGAUGCAACAUCAUGUAUCUCUUCAGGCGAUGCAACAAGCAGCAUCAAAGAAAGUGACGUGGACCAAGAGGCUUUGCUGGCUGAGCAGAGCAUCUACUAUCCUGUUAAUGGAAUGUAUGCAUACUAUUAUCCAGGCUUCGAUGGCUCAUUUGGGGAAUGGGAUGGCCAUAGUUAUUUAAGGGGGACUGGAGGCUUGGAAAUUCAGCAUCCUGCUAGUCAAGCAGAUAACAGUUCCCUUGUAUACUGUUUUCCUGGAUUUCAGCUUGGACAUACCCCUUAUGGUCCAUUUUUACCUGUGCCUAUGGUCGGUUUUGAUGGGCAAUUUUUGGGCCAACAGCUGUACUACACAAGUCCAAUAUUUUCCCCACCCUUGUUCUCUCCAGGAUUUGUUUCCCAACCAGAUGCUUAUGCACCAGAGCUGGUUCAUGCAUACUCAUGCGAUUCGUCUCAUUUAUCUGCUGAUGGGCUCUAUGGUAAUGGAUUUGCUGGAGAUCCAGCAUCUCGACCCUUGAGAUAUAAUUUGUGUUCACAAAAUCAUAGACCUACCCCUGCAAAACCUUCAGUGCCAUCCAAGUCUAAUUCUGUGGAAAAGAAAGGAACUUCACCAGCAUCAGAUGUCCCACUAGAUCCUGCCAUUCAUAACCAGUCUUCAAAUCCUGCAAAUAAGGAUGCUGUUCUGCCCAAAGUUUUUCUUCCAGCAGACAAAUUUCCUUCAUAUUCUAACCAAGGAACAAGUGGCCUAUUGUAUCCGAACAACCCUACUUUCAUUAAAGGAAGUGGACGUGGGUGCGCUGGGACUGAGAAGCUAAAAGCAAGAAACAAUGCUCAAGGACCUGGUGAUCUUGACAUGCUAAGUGAACAGAAUCGCGGUCCUAGAAUAAAUGGCAAUAAACAAAUAUCUGAGGUCAAUUCUGUUGGAUUUCCCUGUGCUAAGGUGAAUGAUGGUAGCAAUACCGCAAAUGCUGCUGUAAAGAAGGAUGAAUACAACCUUCCAGAUUUUCCAACCAAGUAUGAUCAUGGAUUGUUCUUUGUUAUAAAAUCAUACAGUGAAGAUGAUAUUCACAAGAGUAUAAAAUAUAAUGUUUGGUCAAGCACUCCAAAUGGAAACAAGAGACUUGACAAUGCUUUUCAAGUUGCACAGGAGAAAAUGGCAGAAAAAGGCAGCAAGUGUCCUGUAUUUCUCUUCUUUUCUGUAAAUGCAAGUGGGCAGUUCUGUGGUGUAGCUGAAAUGGUUGGUCGAGUUGAUUUCAGCAAAAAUAUGGAUUUUUGGCAACAAGACAAGUGGACUGGUUUUUUCCCAGUCAAGUGGCAUAUGAUCAAAGACAUCCCAAACCCACAGCUUCGUCAUAUAAUUUUGGAGAACAAUGACAAUAAGCCUGUAACAAAUAGCAGAGAUACACAGGAGGUCAAAUUUCCCCAAGGCACAGAAAUGUUGAACAUUUUCAAAUGCUACUCUUCGAAAACUUCAAUAUUGGAUGACUUUGAUUUUUAUGAAAACCGGCAGAAAGCAAUGCAAGACAGGAAGAUCAAGAUACCAGCUUCAAAAAUGGAGCAUCUAUCGAGAAGAGCUAAUGAAAUAGCUGAAGUUGCAAAGCCAGGUGAUCUUAAGUCAAUGGUUUCCAGUCUUCAGUCAAUUGGAUUAGCAGCUACCAAGACUGAGGAAGAUGUCCUGGUUAAUGGCAUCUCUAAAUAGUGAUGAUGAUUGUUUGAAUCAGGCUGAAGGGCUUUGAAAGAUCAAAUGAGUGGUUCAUUGGCUGUGUAAAUGCGUAGGUGCCACUGGUUCAUGCAUGGGAUGACUCGGACCUCUUUCGAGCAAGGAAACAUGGAGGAAAUUCCCUUUUUUGAUCACCUGGUGAGCAGUGUUUACUGCGAUGAUUGGGUGGAGACUUUUUAAGGUGGGAGCUGAUGGUGGAUGGUCUGGUGCUCGGUGACCAUGAAAUUCUCCUUUUUCUUUGCUUCUCUUUUCUGCUUCAUGCCUCCUUGAUCUAGUUUUCGUGUAGUGGAUGUUCUUUUUCUUUUGCUUUGGUGGCUUAUAGUUUGGUCGGAGGUUUUUUGGUGGGCGGGGACUGGCUGAAGUUGAAGCUUGUCCUUAAGAGUUGGUGAUCGGUCGAUGGGGUUGGUGGAUUUUGUGCUGGUUUGCAUCUCCGGGCUUUCCAACUUAAAAGCUCAGGAGCUUGUGGACGCAGUGUUGUAAAGUGGAAAAGGUGGAAGGCCGAGAUGAGGAUUGGAAGGCCAAAUUUAAAUGUAUGUUUAUUUCUUUUUA